CUGUCUCUGGCAACAGAGUUUUUUUCUCAUUGUAGUUGCAUUUCUUAAGAGGCAUUUAAUGUCCUAUUGAAGUAAACAGUGAACAAGCGGUCUGCGCUCCCAGCCUCCUCUCAUGACAAACCGCUUUUCUCCACCAGCUCGCUCACUCUGUGUGGGAGGGCGGUCCGUGAUGAUGAGCUUGCUAGCAGCCUUCGAACAGGCUACCGUUAGCUAUGUGGAGCUAGCGUGCUACCAAACUGUUCAGUUUAUUUUCGUGACAGCACGAUGAAGAACAUAAUGAAGCAUUAUAGACUUAUUCCACUACAGCAUAUUGACACGAUCACUGGGAGCGUCGUAUCUCCACUUACACCGGGUCUGUCCCGACCCCUCAGUGUCAUUGUUUGGAUGGACUAACAAGCUAGAGCUAGCACCGCUGCUUGAGACUUGCCGAGCGGGCACGGAUGGGAUUUACUCAGCUAGCAGCUGCUAAUGGGUGUACUGGCAGACUAGCUUUGCGGCUAACCGGUUGGCGUUAGCUAUCGGACACAGGUAGUUAGCUUUGUGUUUGUUUCUGACGUGUUUUGUUGUGUGUUCGCUUUUACUGUUAUCCUAAACAGCUAAAGUUACCCAGUUACCCACGCGACAAACUACGCCAGACUUAACAGUAGCUUGUGUAUCAGUCGAGGUGUUCAUAUUGUAGCGUUAGAUGACAUUGAUCUGCUUAGAGAACUUGGCUAGCAUGGUUUCCUAGCGAGCUAAGAAACAACACCUAAUGUUGAUCCACCGAGUAGCACAACGCGAACUAGUCGAGGUGACUGUCAAGCCCAGGCUACAAGCUAUAACUAACUAAUGUGUGUGUAAUGCUAAUGCUUGUUAGCAAACGUGUUUGUUUACAUGGUGUUUGAAGUUCUUCCAUUCGACAUCACUGGACAUUUAUCAGUUAAUGUGCUGCCCUCUUUAAGUUAGCACGAGUUAUUUUAACACCCACUCACUUAAGCGAAAGUUAUUUUCAUAGAUUUGUAUUUCUGUCUGAUGUGAUGACACGUUAUGUUGUCGUUAGGUUAAGCUAACGUUACUUGCUAACGCUAUAAUGAUUUACGAAAGUGUGCAUUGACAUCUUAAAUUACUGCUUGUGACAUCGUUACAGUUAGCCAGCUAAGUGGCUAUAAAUGUGUCCGCUGUCAAACUGAUCGAAAGUAACUCCACAUAACGGCUUUGUGCAAUAUAGUCGGCUCACAAACACUUAACGAAGAAAUAUAGAGUGGUGCUACAGACAUUCCCUGUUAUGCUGUUACUGCAUUUUAUAUAAUUUUUUUGGCAACCCAUGAUACAUUGGGGUACCCCCACAAGUGUAUAUUUAGCAUAUUUAUAUGCGGUCACUAUGCAGCUCUAGCAUUGCUUAAGUCAAUUGUUUACCACAAGCGCUCUGCAUUAUUGUGCACAGGUCAGUGAUUCUUAUAUAAUCCCGUUUCCUUCUUUCUCGCAGUUGGUUGACAUUGCACAUGUGAUAAUUAGUGGACUCUGAAAAUAGCAGAUUUGUUGGCACGACCAUGCCUCCAAGGCCUUCCUCGGGAGAACUAUGGGGGAUGCACUUGAUGCCCCCCAGCAUCCUAGUGGACUGCCUUCUGCCAAAUGGCAUGAUUCUCACGUUGGAGUGCCUCCGGGAGGCCACGCUGAUUACAGUCAAGCAUGAUCUUUUCAAAGAGGCCAGGAAGUACCCUCUUUACCAUCUGCUGCAGGAGGAGAGCUCCUACAUCUUUGUCAGUGUCACCCAGGAGGCAGAGCGGGAGGAGUUUUACGAUGAGACCAGGAGGUUGUGCGAUCUUCGGCUCUUCCAGGCCUUCCUCAAAGUCAUUGAGCCAGUAGGCAACAGAGAAGAGAAAAUUCUCAACAGAGAGAUAGGUUUUGCCAUUGGAAUGCCUAUAUGUGAGUUUGAUUUGGUGAAAGACUCGGAAGUGCAGGACUUCAGAAGGAACAUUUUAAAUGUUUGCAAAGAGGCUGUGGACCUUAGAGACACUAACGGACCCCACAGCAGAGCUUUGUACGUCUAUCCUCCCAAUGUAGAAUCUUCUGUAGAACUUCCCCGGCACAUCUAUAACAAGCUAGAUAAAGGUCAAAUCAUUGUGGUCAUAUGGGUUAUUGUAUCACCCAGCAAUGACAAACAGAAGUACACCCUUAAGAUCAACCAUGACUAUGUGCCAGAGCAGGUGAUUGCCGAAGCCAUCCGUAAGAAGACACGUAGCAUGCUGCUCUCCCAGGAGCAGUUAAAGAUGUGUGUACAGGAGUAUCAGGGAAAGUACAUCCUCAAAGUCUGUGGCUGUGACGAGUACUUACUGGAGAAAUAUCCUCUGAGUCAGUACAAGUAUGUGCGCAGCUGUAUCAUGUUGGGACGGAUGCCAAACUUGAUGCUAAUGGCAAAAGACAGCCUGUAUUCCCAGCUGCCCAUUGACAACUUCACUAUGCCGUCGUAUGCAAGGCGAAUAUCCACAGCAACGCCCUACAUGAAUGGGGAAACAGCCACCAAGUCUCUCUGGACUAUCAACGGGACGCUGAGGAUCAGGAUACUGUGCGCCACUUACGUCAAUGUCAACAUCAGAGACAUUGACAAGAUCUACGUCAGGACUGGGAUAUACCACGGUGGAGAGCAGCUGUGUGACAACGUCAACACCCUGCGCGUGCCCUGCUCAAACCCCAGGUGGAACGAGUGGCUGAACUACGACAUGUACAUUCCAGACAUCCCCCGUGCUGCCCGACUCUGCCUCUCCAUCUGCUCUGUGAAAGGAAGGAAGGGAGCUAAAGAGGAGCACUGUCCUCUCGCCUGGGGCAACAUUAACCUGUUUGACUACACCCACACACUAGUAUCAGGGAAGAUGGCGCUCAACCUAUGGCCUGUCCCACACGGCCUGGAAGACCUGCUCAACCCUAUCGGCGUCACAGGCUCUAACCCCAACAAGGAAACCCCUUGUCUGGAGCUGGAGUUUGACUAUUUCAGUUGCCCUGUCAAGUACCCUGAAAUGACCAUCAUUGAGGACCAUGCAAACUGGAAUAUCUCCAGAGAGCUUGGCUUUAAUUACUGCCACACCGGUUUGAGUAACAGACUGGCGCGUGACAACCCUCUGACCGACACUGACAAUGAGCAGCUACGACAGGUGUGUAACAGAGAUGCGCUGUCUGAAAUCACUGAGCAGGAAAAAGACUUUCUAUGGAGACACAGACAAGACUGCGUCAACAUGCCAGAGAUCCUUCCCAAGAUCCUCCUGGCUGUGAAAUGGAACUCUAGAGAUGAGAUUGCUCAGAUGUAUUGCCUCCUGAAGGACUGGCCUGCUAUCAAGCCAGAGCAAGCCAUGGAGUUGUUGGAUUGCAACUUCCCUGAUCCUAUGAUCAGAGAGUUUGCCGUAAAGUGCCUUGAGAAAUACUUAACUGAUGACAAACUCUCACAGUACCUUAUUCAACUGGUUCAGGUUCUUAAGUAUGAGCAGUACCUUGAUAACCCACUGGCACGCUUCUUGCUGAAAAGGGCAUUAACCAAUCAGAGGAUAGGACAUUUUUUCUUCUGGCAUUUGAAGUCAGAGAUGCACAACAAGACAGUGAGCCAGCGGUUUGGGCUGCUGUUGGAGUCGUACUGCCGGGCUUGUGGCAUGUAUCUGAAGCACCUGAGCAGACAGGUGGAGGCCAUGGAGAAACUCAUCAAUCUCACUGACCUCCUCAAACAGGAGAAAAAGGAUGAGGCACAGAAGGUUCAAAUGAAGUUUCUGGUGGAGCAGAUGAGAAGGCCUGAUUACAUGGAUGCCCUGCAGAACUUCACCUCUCCACUGAAUCCGGCACACCAGCUGGGAAACAUCCGCCUGGAGGAAUGCAGGAUGAUGUCAUCAGCCAAGCGACCGCUAUGGCUGAACUGGGAAAACCCAGAUAUGAUGUCAGAGCUGCUCUUUCAGAACAACGAAAUCAUCUUCAAAAAUGGAGAUGAUCUGAGGCAGGACAUGCUGACGCUGCAGAUCAUUAGGAUAAUGGAGAACAUCUGGCAGAACCAAGGCCUUGAUCUCAGGAUGCUGCCGUACGGUUGUCUGUCAAUCGGUGACUGUGUGGGUUUGAUCGAGGUGGUGAGGAACUCUCACACCAUCAUGCAGAUCCAGUGUAAAGGAGGCCUGAAGGGGGCACUGCAGUUCAACAGCCACACACUGCAUCAGUGGCUCAAGGAUAAGAACAAGGGAGAGAUGUAUGACCAGGCCAUAGAUCUGUUCACGCGGUCGUGUGCAGGCUACUGUGUAGCCACAUUUAUCCUGGGCAUAGGGGACAGACACAACAGCAACAUCAUGGUCAAAGAUGAUGGACAGCUGUUCCACAUAGACUUUGGCCAUUUCCUCGACCACAAAAAGAAGAAGUUUGGCUACAAGAGAGAACGCGUUCCCUUUGUGCUCACACAGGACUUCUUGAUCGUUAUCAGCAAAGGAACUCAAGAGUGCACCAAAACAAGGGAGUUUGAAAGGUUCCAGGAGAUGUGUUACAAGGCGUACCUGGCAAUCCGGCAGCAUGCCAACCUCUUCAUCAACCUCUUCUCCAUGAUGCUGGGCUCAGGGAUGCCCGAGCUGCAGUCGUUUGACGACAUCGCUUACAUCAGAAAGACGCUGGCCUUGGACAAGACGGAGCAGGAGGCCCUGGACUACUUCAUGAAGCAGAUGAACGACGCUCACCACGGCGGCUGGACUACCAAGAUGGACUGGAUCUUCCACACAAUCCGCCAGCAUGCCAUGAACUGAAAUGAUGACUAAUACAUGAGAGGAGUAAAAAGGACCGUGGCAACAACAGCACACUAAGAACCAAAAGAAUAUUGAGAAGCGAGCGAGGUGUUUUCCCCAAACACCCUAAGGCCUGGUAAUACUUCUGCCAGCGUGUGACUCUGAAACAUUACCUGCCAGAGCACCACAACAUAAGGGUGCUUAGAAGGGCCUAUUUCAGGGACAAAAUGCCUAAAUGCUCCUGUUUCUACAGGUUUCUGACUUUUCUCUCUCUCCCUGCACUAUGAACUUCAGAUGACGUCAUAUUUCAUCAGUCUUCUUCAUAGGAACUAAGCAAGUGUAAUGGACCUCGACAAAACAUUUGCCUUCUUUUGUGUGAACAGACUAUCUAUUAUACUACUAGAUUUUUUUAAAUUCAUUAUUCCUUUCAGUACAUCUACAACCAUCAGCAUUAAGAAAGCAACAUCAUGAAGCGGUGUACCAUGAAGCACAGACUGUUUUUCUAAAGGUGAACUCGCUGCUUCUUUUUCCACUACCUAUUUUAAACUGAUGAAGGCGGGGGAGAUAUCGGCACACACAGCCAGGCUAGCUGAGACAGAAGGAAAGGGACAAUGAGAGGCCUGGCGGGUGACCACAAAAUCAUGAUCACCUCUUUACAAUCAUGAAAAGCAACUGCGGAACUGAUAGGGGGACAUGUUGUUACACUUAGAUAGCAUUUAACACGUAACGCUAACUGAAAUAGCAACUUAUUUGUAGCCUACAGAUGACGUGUCCUCAGUUUAGAAACAACGCCAGAUAACUGACUUUUGUACAGCGGUAUAUCCAUAGACUUGUAUGCAUUCGGUGCACAUAUUCCUUUUUGAGUCUAUUUUCUACUGAGCCAAAGUACUAGAUGUGUAACCCCACUAUUUAGCUGUCUUAUUGUAAAAAAAAAAAAAAAAAAAAGAAGAAAAAAAAAAAUAGUCACGGCUAUUCUAAGUCUCUUGUCUGUCCUCAUAGCACUGAUCUCUGCAGUAUUUGUUUGUGUUUCGUUUCGUCUAUCAGUAUUAUUUUGUGUCUGAUGUCCACCCCGCGCAGUCGGAACACAGACGGAACACAGACGGACCGGAGAAAACCUUUCUGCUGGUCGACCUGUUGAAGAUGUUCUGAAUUGGCUGAUGAAAGGCAAGAAACGGUGGGGGGGGGGGGGGAUGUGGGAUGUGCAGGGUUCCUUUUGUGUGCUGUGCUGUUACACUAUGCAAGUUGUGAUUCCUAAUAUGUACUGUCGACUGCAGGAAAAAAAGGAAAAAGUUGAUGUCAGAGUAGGACAAGAGAGAGACAUUCAUCUCCCCCCCCGACAUGCUCACACAGACAAGUGUGUCAGUGAACUUUGUACAGACAUUACAUGGAAGAGGACAACAAAAAAAACAAAAUGCUGCACUGUAACAGAAUCCUCUACUUCUUCCCAACAAAAAGAACUGUGAGAAACGCCUUUGGACCCUGCCUUUUUGCUUCUCCUCACCAGGUUUAUAUCUGGAGCUUCAAUCUAAGCCAUCUGUAUAAUGUUUGAUCAGUCGAGUUUUGCUCCUGUCUUCUUGUUCUCAGUCACACAUUUGACAGGUCAUUGAAGACAGAUGCUCUCCUCACUUUUUGCCAUAUGGUCCCAGAUCGUAACGUCCAGGUAAAGAAAAGUAACCGAAGUGAAUUUUUUUUGUCAACCUUCCAAGUGUCUUCUUCCCUCUUCUCUCCGAUGAUUGUCACCCUUAUGUGUGGAAGAAUAGUCUUUGCAGGUUCGCUCGCUGCACACAGACGCAUACGUAAGAGGUCAGUAAAUGUUCCAGCUUUACCAAAUGAUACACAACAUGGCGGUUUCCUGGACACUCAAGUCUGUCUGAAAGUCCACUUUUUGUUUUCUGUACCUGGCUACGGACUUAUAAAACGCCCAGGAAACCGAUCCGAGUGAGAUUUGCUUCUGUACAGGCGACAGAGCAGUGGGCCGGACCCAAACAGAGAAAACUAGACCCCAUGAACUUUAUUGAAGAACUCUCUAAAUCAUGCUAUUUCCCUUUGUAAUUGUUUCUUCUUCUCACACUGCAUCAUGCAUGAGGUCCUCGAGUAUCUACUUUUUUUUUUUUUUUUUUUUGUUUGUUUGACCUGAUGUUGUUUACUUGAAUUUCAUGUACAGAAAUGACCUUGUUACUUGUGAGGUACAACAAAGUCACAAUGAAGUUAACAGAUGCUGAUAACUGCUACUACACGUGCAAAUGCUUUCCUUGAAUUACUACAGAGGUAAUAUAUUUUUGUAUUUUUAAAUGUAAGCAAACUCGUAAAUGUAACUGCUAACCAAAAAACAAAAAAAAAAAAAAAAAAAAAGCCGGAAUCAUGCAUAAUGUGCACCAUCCUCAUACAAAACCCAGUAGACAGCUUCUAGUUGUUGAAAUGAUAUGAAUGACAAAGCAGAGGUGGAUUGUUGAAUGAAGGAGGAGGACUCGAUGCUGUUGUCGGUGUACGAUCUUCACGCCAAGUGGAGAUCUCUUGCCCUAAGUGGAAGUCUGUAAGCACAAUAAGGAGGACGACGCUACCCUGCAUGUUUUUAAAAGACCCAGAACCCAUAUGUUAGUUAUAUAUCCAUCUGAGUAUAUAUAUCAUGUAAAACUCUUCAAAUACUUGUUUUAGUUAUCCUCAUAUGACAAUGUCUGAUUAAAAGAAACCUGUAUGCAUUCAUUUAUUGUACUGUUGAAUAAAAACAUUUCUCCCUAUC